GCCUCAAUAAUCGCUCUCAGCUGCAUCAGGCACACACAGGAAGUGAUGUCAGAGCAGUAAGAGGCGUAGGCAGGGUGAGGAAGUAGCAGAGCUGAUCUGUGGUCACAGGAAAUGCACAAAGAUGGAGGUGAAGAUGCUGCUGCUACUCACUGCUCUGGAAGUGGGUACAGCAGCAGGACGCCAUCAUGGCCUCUCCAUGCCAGGAUCUCCGUCCAACAUCAGCAGGAAUGACGCCAGCCUCCAGCAAGUGGUCCUCAACGCCGCCCACUCCUUCAACAACCAAUCAAAUGACGCCUUCCUGUUCAAACCUUCAGCCAUCCACAGAGCACAACGACAGGUUGUCAAAGGGAUCCGAUACAUCGUAGACUUUCAGAUCUCCAGGACGGUUUGUCACAAACGGGACCACAUCAACGAUCUGUCCAAGUGUGACCUGCAGCCUUCAGGUCGUCUGCACCAGACGUUCCAGUGUCACCUGGAGCUUUGGGUGAUUCCCUGGAAGCAUCAGAGUGAAGUUCUGGAGAUGCUCUGUAAACCCUGAGGCAGCAGCUGAUGGAGUCAUGUGACCUGCGUCCACUGGGUGGAUCGACUACCAGCAGAACAACCAGGAACAUCUGAUCUGCUAUUUACUUCAGUAAAACUGCUGGCUUCAAAUCUUUUUUCAUUCUUCAGUUCCCUCAGAGAUCUGUGGUCUUCACAGAACCUUUCAGGUUUUCUCUUCAGCCCACAUGAUGCAUCCUGCUCAGAAAAUCCUGCUUAAAGAGAUUUCUGCAAAUAAAUCUAUGUGUGACAGCAGCAUUAAA